UAGAGCCCAGAGCACUAGAAGCCAAGCUCCUGAGCUAGAGAGCUCAGUCUGGUCUUGAGUUUUGCCAAAGGAAGAGCUCCUGGGAGGUACCCUGUGAGAGAGAGGAACCCAAGCAAUAUAAGAAACCAGAGAUGCUCCAGGCAGCCAGCAGAUAGAGGGUAGGAGUUUGCCAGGACCUGGAGAAACCCAGAAGGGAUUCAGGAUUUUGGCUGAGUUUUAUUGGGACUUGACCAUGCUGCUUCUAAUGGUGGGGAACCUGAUCAUCAUCCCUGUGGGCAUCACCUUCUUCAAGGAUGAGAACACCACCCCAUGGAUUGUCUUCAAUGUGGUCUCGGACACCUUCUUCCUCAUCGACCUGGUCCUCAACUUCCGGACCGGCAUCGUGGUAGAGGACAAUACAGAGAUCAUUCUGGACCCACAGAGGAUUAAGAUGAAGUACCUGAAGAGCUGGUUUGUGGUGGAUUUUAUCUCCUCCAUCCCAGUGGACUACAUCUUCCUGAUAGUGGAGACCCGGAUUGACUCGGAGGUUUACAAGACGGCUCGGGCGCUGCGCAUUGUGCGCUUCACCAAAAUCCUCAGCCUCCUGCGCCUGCUGCGCCUCUCCAGGCUCAUCCGCUACAUCCACCAGUGGGAGGAGAUCUUCCACAUGACCUAUGACCUGGCGAGCGCGGUGGUGCGGAUCGUCAACCUCAUCGGCAUGAUGCUGCUGCUCUGUCACUGGGACGGCUGCCUCCAGUUCCUGGUGCCCAUGCUGCAGGACUUCCCCGAUGACUGCUGGGUGUCCCUCAACCGCAUGGUGAAUGACUCCUGGGGGAAGCAGUACUCAUAUGCACUGUUCAAGGCGAUGAGUCACAUGCUCUGCAUUGGGUACGGGCAGCAGGCUCCUGUUGGUAUGUCAGACGUGUGGCUUACUAUGCUGAGCAUGAUCGUUGGUGCCACCUGCUAUGCCAUGUUCAUCGGCCAUGCCACAGCCCUCAUCCAGUCUCUGGACUCCUCACGGCGGCAGUACCAGGAGAAGUACAAGCAAGUGGAGCAGUACAUGUCCUUCCACAAGCUCCCGGCAGACAUGCGCCAGCGGAUCCACGACUACUACGAACACCGCUACCAGGGCAAGAUGUUUGAUGAGGAAAGCAUCCUCGGCGAGCUGAGUGAGCCCCUCCGGGAGGAAAUCAUAAAUUUCAAUUGCCGGAAGCUGGUGGCCUCCAUGCCUCUGUUUGCCAACGCGGAUCCCAACUUUGUGACGUCCAUGCUGACCAAGCUGCGGUUCGAGGUCUUUCAGCCAGGGGACUACAUCAUCCGGGAGGGUACCAUCGGCAAGAAGAUGUACUUUAUUCAGCACGGGGUGGUGAGUGUGCUCACCAAAGGCAACAAGGAGACCAAGCUGGCAGACGGCUCCUACUUUGGAGAAAUCUGCCUGUUGACCCGAGGCCGGCGUACGGCGAGUGUGCGAGCAGACACCUACUGCCGGCUUUACUCACUCUCGGUGGACAACUUCAACGAGGUGCUGGAGGAAUAUCCCAUGAUGAGAAGGGCUUUUGAAACAGUGGCACUGGACAGGCUGGAUCGAAUUGGGAAGAAAAACUCUAUCCUGCUGCACAAAGUCCAGCACGACCUUAACUCCGGUGUCUUCAACUACCAGGAGAACGAGAUCAUCCAGCAGAUCGUGCAACACGACAGGGAGAUGGCACACUGCGCUCACAAUGUGCAGGCAGCCGCCGCUGCCGCCGCCGCUGCAGCCUCCACGCCCACCCCCGUCAUCUGGACUCCGCUGAUCCAGGCACCCCUGCAAGCCGCAGCUGCCACCACCUCCGUAGCAAUAGCUCUCACCCACCACCCGCGCCUCCCGACAGCCAUCUUUCGUCCACCAGUGUCUGUCUUGGGUUCCUUGGGCCAGCAGUCCAGCCAGACUCCGAGACAGCUGAAAAGGCUUCAGUCUUUGAUCCCAUCAGCUGGGCCGUCUGCAGUAGGCUCUCCAUCCAGCACGCCGUCCCAGCUGCACACGCCAGGAGCCGAAACCCCUUCGUCAUCUUCCUUCCACAUCCAGCAGCUGGCGGGAUUCUCGGCCUCUGCCGGCUUGGGCCAGUUCCACCGGUCCUCGAUGGGCUCCCCGCCUGCUGGCUCGGGCCAACAGCAUUCGAGCGGCGCGGCGUCAGCGGGACUGAGCCAGUUUCAGCAGGCGUCUUCGGGAUCUCCCUUGGGGACAGCUCAGCAGACGCAGCAGACGCAGCCCCUUUCUGGCGGCACCGUGCCUGGUGGGUUCGGCCAGUUCCAGCAGGCUGCCGGUAGCUCCCCAACAGCUUCAUUCACCCAGCUCUCAUCCAGUUCACCCACGAAUCUCCUCAACCAGUUCCAGCCCUCUCCCAGGCCACCACAGGUGGGACACUUACAGCAGCUCCCAGGAAGUGGGACUCUGGAAGGAGUGAACCACUUUCAGCCUCCUCCUUCCUCCAACUCUCCAUCUUCUAGCUUAAGCCAGCUGGCACAAACCUCUGAAGGAUCCCCUUCAGCACCGUGCCAAAUACAACCAAGUGCAUUAGGAUCACUAACUGGAACGAUAGCCCAGAUGCAUCAAGAAAGGCCACCUUUUGCCUCCAUGUCACCAUUACAGCAGUCUGGUGUAGCCUCCCCUUGUUACACCCCUUCAGGCCUUAGAUCUCCUACCCAGAGCCCCGUGGCAGCGAGAACUUUUCAGUGCGGCCCUGCUGCGGCCUCCGGCUCUCACGGAUCCCUGCGCAUGCCUCAGACCUCCAGCCCUCCUCCACAUGUCCUUCAGCCCAAGAGCACUCCAUCGUUGCCACCAGGACGCCUAAGCCAGGACAUCAAGUUGAUUUCUGCUUCCCAGCCAUCUUUGCCCCAAGAAUUGGCUCAAACCCUGAGCCAAAGCUCUCCUCACUCCUCCAGAGAAUCUGUUUCUAGCUUCUCACCUUUCCCGGGUGGAGGGGCUGGACUUCUCGGGAAGCCUUGCAGCUCGAUUCCAGGGCGCAUGACUUUGCCACGGCAGAUGUCCUCAGGUUCUUUGCCGCACCCGCUAGUGUUUGGGGCCAGCGCUGCUGUCACUCCCUCCCUGACUGGUGGCGGGAGGAAAGAAUCGCUAGUGCUCACGGGGGAGCGAGAACCUGUUAGAUCUAAACUACCCUCCAAUUUGUGAGGACUUCUCAAAGCUGUUGAUGUCACUUGUGCAAUUCAGCUUCUGAUUAGACUCUCAUGAGUCACUUUUUUUCCUUUCCUUUUUUUGGGGGGGGGGGGUUUUUUGGU